GAUCGCAGAGCAGACAGUGCUGAACAGCAGUCCCACAGUUCCAGCGCCACAAAGUUUUUGGGGGGUAUGGAGCAUUGAUGGGUAUUGAUGUGGCGGAUUUAAUACUGACGCUGUUCACUUCACGACACAGUUACAACGGGAUUUUCUUAAGCUGCAAUGUUUCAGGACUCUACGGCAGGAUCACUUUUCGUUGUUCUGGAGCCGACUGGCCUUUGAGAAGCGAACCCCAAAACAGGAGAGCGACCGAACGUCCUAGGCCAUGCUGUCUGCCAUGCUACGGCAGAGCAGUGGCGGUGGCGGCGGCGGCGGCGGCAGUAACGGAAACAAACUCUCCCUGGGCCUCUCCCGACUAUCUAACGGACACUUCUUCCCCACGUCCGCUGGCACGGGCACGGCAGGAACCAGCACGGGUUCCUGGGCCAUGGAUCGAGGCGCCAAGAGCAGCUCGCAGAGCUCCGUGAGCUCGGGGUCGGACAGCGUGGACUCUCCCACCGCAGACGCCGACUACAUCAUGCAGCUGGUCAACGACGUGCGAAGGUUUGCCGACGUCCUUCUUCACCUGAAGGAAGCGUUCCACUCCAAAGAGCACCAGGACUGUCUGCACCAGGUGGCUCACGAGCGGCUGGGGGAAGUCCUGUGCGUGCUGAAGGCCGUGAUCGGCAAACACCAGAGCCUCAACUCCGUGGACAUCCUCAGCGCGGCGGGGACCGUCAUCGCCCGGGUCAAAGGUGUGAACUUCAAGGACGUGAACGAGGACAACAAACUGGAGCUCUUCUCGGAGAUCUACUCUUCCAUCGACACAUUAGCGUUCACAUUUGGCAAUGUAGUGUCGGACUUCCUUAUGGGCGAUGUAGAGAAUGGCUCCUCGUUGGGGCUCCCUCUGACUAGAAGAAGCAGGUCGUCAGAGAACCUGUCGGUCGAAUGUGGAGGAACCAGCCCGGAAAGGGACGACCCUCCAGGUCCCCCAGCGCGGGCGGAGGAGGUGGACGGAGCGCUGCAGGGCAGCGAGGGCGGCGUGGACGCGGCGCUGCUGUACGCCAAGGCCUGGUCCAAGUACAGCAAGGAGCUGCUGGCCUGGGCCGAACGGAGGAUCGCCGCCGAUGUCGAGUGUGCGAAGAGCUACUCCAAAAUGGCCGAGUCGGCAAAGACGCUGGCCAGUCAACAGGAAUUCAUGCCAUUUCGCAAGAUCUACAUGUCGGCGUUCAAGAACGACAUCGAGUACAGCCAACUGCUGCUUCACACGGCCGCGGCGCUGCAGGCUAACAAGUUCAUGCAGCCUCUUCUGAGUCGUAAGAGCGAUCUGGACAAGCUGAGGAAGGAGGUGAAGGAGCGCUGGCAGAGAGAGCAGAAGAAGAUGCAUGAGGCGGACAGUGCCCUGAGGAAGGCGCGGGCGCUGCAGGUGCAGAGGCAGGAGGAGCAUGAGAAGGCCAGGCUGUCCACCAGCAGGGCGGAGGAGGAGCAGCCUGCCAAACAGCUGGACAAGAGACGCAGGCUGGAGGAGGAGGCCCUGCUGAAGGCAGAGGAGGCCCAGCAGCACUGCGAGGCCUGCCAGACCGACGUGGCGGUCAGGAGGGUGGAGCUGGCCACCACCAAGAGAGACGUCCUCACCCAGCUCAGAGAGAUGGUCUUCCAGUGCGACCUGACUCUCAAGGCGGUGACGGUCAACUGGUUCCAGCUGCAGCAGUCCCAGGCCGUGUCCCUCCCCGUCAACCACCAGGUCCUGUGCGAGAGCGCCAAGCUGUACGAGCCUGGGCAGCGCUACGUGGACUUCGUCCGGAGCCUGCCGGCCGACAAGGCCCGGGCCGAGUCCCUCUCCUUCGACGCCACGGUCGCUCCAAACACGGGGGUGCUUUUCACCAAGAGGUCGCUGAGCGGCAGCCACUCGUCCCAUGGCAGCCUAUCGCAGGGCUCGCUGCCGUCGGACUUCCCGGGCGCCGGAGAGAGCCCCGCCCACCCGCGGCCGGCCAAGAUAGCGGAACGCCGCUCCAACAGCAGCACGGACAUCCAGGCGCUGAGGAUCCAAGGCCCGUUUCGAGCCUGGGCCACGGGUAGUCAGGGCGGGGGCAUGUGCAGUGACUCCGAGAGCGCCGGGGGCAGCAGCGAGUCCCGCUCCAUGGACUCCCCCACCGCCAGUCCUGGUGAAUUCAAGAGGAGAUUACCCAGAACCCCCUCCACAGGCACCAUGUCGUCGGCGGACGACCUGGACGAGAGAGAGCCCCCGUCGCCGUCAGAUAACGGUCUGAGUGAGAUGGUCAUGGAGACAGCCAGUUCCCCAGGCCCCUUCAGGAACACCCUGAUGUCCAAGGCCGCCCAGACCCACCGGCUGAGGAAGCUGAGAGCGCCGUCCAAGUGCCGGGAGUGUGACAGCCUGGUGGUGUUCCAGGGGGCCGAGUGUGAGGAGUGUUACUUGGCCUGUCAUAAGAAGUGUCUGGAGCUGCUGGCUAUCCAGUGCGGUCACAAGAAGCUUCAGGGUCGCCUGCACCUGUUCGGCGUGGACUUCACCCAGGCGGCCCGGAGCAACCCCGACGGCAUCCCCUUCAUCAUCAGGAAGUGCACGUCUGAGAUCGAGCACCGAGCUCUGAACAUCAAGGGGAUCUACCGCGUCAACGGAGCCAAGUCUCGGGUGGAGAAGCUCUGCCAGGCGUUCGAGAACGGCAAAGACCUGGUGGAGCUGUCUGACCUCUACCCGCACGACAUCAGCAACGUGCUCAAGCUCUACCUGCGCCAGCUCCCAGAGCCCCUCAUCCUGUUCCGCUACUACAAUGACCUCAUCGGAUUGGCUAAGGAGAGCCAGAGCGCCAUCGUGGAGGAGGUGGAGACCCUGCGGGCUGGCCCCGACUCAGAGACGCAGCAGGUCAGCGUGGAGCUCGGCCGGGUCCUGUUCAAGAUCCGUGACCUCCUGAGGCAGCUGCCGCCGGCCCAGUACAAGACCCUGCAGUUCCUCAUUCAGCACCUGCACCGGGUGACGGAGCAGGCGGAGGAGAACAAGAUGACGGCCAGUAACCUGGGCAUCAUCUUCGGGCCCACGCUGAUCAAGCCCCGUCAGACGGACGCCGAGGUGUCCCUGUCCUCCCUGGUGGACUACCCCUACCAGGCCCUGAUCGUGGAGCUGCUCAUACGGCACCAGCACGUGGUGUUCGACUCACCCUUCAGCCCCCUGCCCUCCGCCUCGCCCACCGCCGAGGGAGCCCCCCCCGGCCCGCCCCCCGGCCCUCCCCCCGGCCUCCCCCACCGCCUCACCGCCCAGGAGAAGGAGAUGCAGUUGAACAGGCACUCCAAGUCUCUGGGAGACAUCAAAGAGCAGAGCUCCAAAGUGUAUAAAAGGCAUUCCUCCAUAAUCCCAUCCUGCCGUUUGCUGGAAGAAGAGGUGCAGCCCAUGGCUGAGGAGAUGGACUUUCAGCCUGCGGGGGAUUCGGAGGACCUCAACGGCCUCCUCUCCUCGAGUGUCCUCGAGGCUCCGGGGCCGGAGGAGAGAAGCCGGCCGGGCCCCGCCUCCCGGGUCCAGCUCCGCUCCCCUCGCUCCAAGCUGUCGUCCCGGCCCGUGAGUCUACCAGCGGAGCGCCUCCCGGCCGCGGGGCGCGGCCUGGACCAGAGGAACACCCCGAACGGCGUGGAGACGGACGGCGCCCAACCGGAGGGGCCCGGGCCGGGGGCCGGCGAGGAGGCCUCGGAGGACGACCGGCCCCGGACCCGAGUGAGCAGUCACUACCGCAGCACGUUCAUCGACACCCACACCCUGCGGAGGACGUGGGACAAGCAGUACAAGCGUUACGACGUCACCCCCAGGACAGCCAGGAUCGUGGCGAGCUUGCCCAGCGAGGAGAAGGGGCGCGUGGACGACGCCGCCGGCCGACUGUCCGUUUCUGUGAUGUCGUCCGCGUCGGCCUGUUCUCUUGGGAGUUGUAGUUCGAAUCCCGUCGCCGUCGCCGCCUACCCCAACAGACCGUACACCAUCGCGGUGAGGGCGGGCAGGACUUUGAGGCGAGAGGAGAAUGUGUGCGAGUACAUCCCCGUGUCCACCUCGCUGAGGCCCCCCAGAACUCUCCAGCCCCCCCCCGGAACCUUCUACAAGCCUCCGUCGGGCAGCAAGGCCAAGGCUUGGGCAGACGCGGGGUCGAAGAUGAGUGCGGCGGCGACAGCUAACAGCGCUGAGGAGGAGGAAGAGGAAGAGGAGGAGGAGGAGGAAGAGCUGGGGGUUGAGAUCGAGGUGUCUGUGGAUGAGCCGUGCGAGGAGGCUGGGGCUGCCUCGUCCGGCCACCAGUCCCCUCGCUCCAGCCCCGAGGAAUUGAGUCAGAGCGAUGCUAAGCCUCUGUACCAGAGACUACGACCCAGGCGGCUGCAGGAGUAUGAGCACAGGGAGGCUCACUUUGUAUAGCCUCCCCCACCCUGGGAGGUACCCCUCCCUCCCUCCCUCACUUCACGGUUCAAGGUUCAAAGUUCAAGGUUCAAAAAACGUUUGGACGAGGAGGUCUGAUGGAGAUAAUAUGUGCCAUAUUGAAGACGAAAAACACCAAGAAUUUCAUGAACUGUGAAAAAUGUACACAUGGAAGUGUUAUAUAUUAAUAUAUAUUUCUUGAUAUCUGUCAGGCGUUUGUUUGGCGCAGUGAGUAACAGAUUUACAAUGAAGACAGGAUGCACUUAUGUUGUUGUUUUGAAGUUACUUCACAUGAAUUCUGACUAAAAGUUGUUAAAAUAUAAAUAA